AUGACACUUGACCAAUCCAAGGAGUUUGAAGCGAUGAAAGCCAUGAAUGCCUCUUUGCAAAGUCAAGUUGAUGCCUUGAAGAAGCAAGUGGGUCCACAGAAUGCUCCGGUUGCGUAUGUACAAGUAGGUUGUGAGCAUUGUGGGGAUUUCAAUCAUGGAAGUAGUGAGUGCUAUGCCACGGGUCAAGCGUGGAGCGAACAAGUGAAUUAUGUGGGAGCAAGCUCAAGUCAAGAACUACCAACGGAAUGUGAGGAAGUGGUUAUCGAGGUUGAAGAGCCCUAUGUGAGGCCACCACCGCCGCCAUCCUUGGCGGAUGCGCUCCGUGAGAUGCCACAAUAUGCCAAGUUCUUAAAGGACAUCAUUACCAACAAACGGAGUUGGGAUAAUGGCGCAACGGUUCCCAUUCCGGAAGUGUGUAGCUCAAUCAUCUUGAAUGACCUACCGGCUAAGUUAAAGGACCCAGGGAGUUUCUCUAUACCUUGUGCUAUAGGCACUAUGAAUUCAAUAAAUUGCUUAUGUGACCUUGGCGCUAGUAUUAAUCUUAUGCCUCUCACUCUUUUUAGGGCGUUAUGUGGAGAUCAAACCGUGAAAAACACCUCGAUGGUACUCCAACUCGCGGAUCAUUCGUUGAAGAGGCCGUUUGGGAUUGUAGAAGAUGUUCUUGUGAAGGUGGAUAAGUUUAUAUUCCCGGUAGACUUUGUUAUCUUGGAUUACGCGGUAGACAAGGAAUGCCCAAUUAUCUUAGGGCGGCCCUUUAUGAAUACAGGGAGAGCUUUAAUUGAUGUACAUGGUGGGAAAUUGACAUUGAGAAUUGAUGAAGAAACGGAGGAUUGUAUGAGGAUAGACUUCAUUGAUGAGAUUGUGCAAGAACAACUUCAAGAAAAUGUGCAAGUGUUGAAUCAAGCAAAGGGGGAAAUUUCUGGAAAUUUUGAGUUGUCAAGCUUCUCAGAGGAAAAAAUUCCUGUUUCAUUUAACACUAAGGUUUUGUUUCAUUCCGGGUCGGUGGAUGAUGAAUACACUAGAGAGGAUGAACCGAAGCCGGAAAGUUUAAACAAGAGCAAUGGUGUGACACCACCAUCUUCGGAGUUGCCCCCGAAGGUUAAAAUGAAGCCGCUUCCGACUCACCUCCGGUAUACUUUUAUUGGAGAAAAUGAGACUUUACCAAUAAUCAUCUCAAAUAAGCUUUCUAAGGAUCAAGAAAGGAGGGUUGUGCAAGUAGUGAAAGAGCACAUGCUAGCAAUGGGGUGGCAAAUCUCCGAUAUUCGAGGUAUAAGUCCUCAAAUUGUGAUGCAUAAGAUUAAUCUCGAAGACGAGUCAAAGAAAUCAACUCAAAGGCAACGAAGGUUAAAUCCAAACAUGAAGGAGGUAGUGCACAAAGAGAUCGUCAAGCUCCUCGACGCCGGGAUAAUCUAUCCGAUUUCGGAUAGUGAGCGGGUUAGUCCCAUUCAAUGUGUGCCUAAAAAGGGAGGUAUGACAAUGGUGGAGAAUGAAAAAGGCGAGCAAAUCUCCACAAGGACGGUGUUCAUGGAUGAUUUCUCCGUGUUUGGCGAUUCGUUCGAUGGUUGCUUAGCGAAUCUGAGGCGGGUUUUAGCACUAUGUGUGGAGACAAAUUUGGUGCUCAAUUUGAAAAAAUGCCAUUUCAUGGUGGAUGAAGUUGCUCCGGCUACGGUCAAAGGAGUUCGGGCAUUUUUGGGCCAUGCGGGUUUUUACCGGCGGUUCAUUAAGGAUUUUUCAUCUAUUGCAAGACCCUUGACGAGUUUACUAGUGAAGGAUGCAUCGUUUGAAUUCACAAAGGAAUGCCAAAGUGCUUUUGAGAAGCUAAAGGAGGCGCUUGUGACCGCUCCUAUUAUCUCAUCUCCGGAUUGGAGUUUGCCCUUUGAGCUAAUGUGUGACGCUAGUGACCAAGCAUUGGUUUGCGUGUUGGGGCAAAGAAAAGACAAGCGGGUGCAUGUGAUCUAUUAUGCUAGCCGGACUAUGGCGGGCGCGCAACUCAACUACACCACUACCGAAAAGGAGAUGUUGGCGGUUGUCUUUGCCCUCGACAAGUUUAGACAAUAUUUGCUUGGGUCGAAAUGCAUCAUAUACAUCGACCAUGCCGCUUUACGAUAUCUAUUCACUAAGCAAGAUGCGAAGCCAAGGCUCAUUCGGUGGAUUCUUCUCAUGCCAGAAUUCGAUGUAGAAAUCCGAGACAAGAAAGGUACAGAGAAUGUGGUAGCGGACCAUCUUUCGAGGUUUGAAAUUCCGGAACCAAUUCCUAUCGGUGAGGAAAUCAAGGAGUGUUUCCCGGAUGAAACACUCAUGAUGAUUCGGGAAGUAGAAACACCAUGGUAUGCCGACUUUGCAAAUUACCUCUCAUCGGGAGUCAUGCCUCCGGACUUGACAUCUCACAAAAGGAAGAAGUUCUUAUCCGAUGUUAAAAGGUACUUGUGGGAUGAACCUUUCUUGUUUAAAAAAUGUGGAGAUGGGAUGUUGAGACGAUGUGUGGCUUUGGGGGAAAUGAUGCCCAUUUUGAGUUCAUGUCAUGUGACCGGACAUUAUGGUUCGGCAAGAACCGCCACUAGAGUGCUUGAGAGCGGGUUCUUUUGGCCAACCUUAUUUCGUGAUGCCAAAGAGUUUGUUGACCAUUGUGAUCGGUGUCAACGUGUAGGCAAUAUCUCAAAAAGAGACGAGAUGCCUUUGACUUCGGUGCAAGAAGUAGAGAUAUUUGAUGUAUGGGGUAUAGAUUUCAUGGGGCCUUUUCCGGUAUCAUUCAAAAGCCAAUACAUUUUGGUAUAUGUGGAUUAUGUUUCAAAAUGGGUAGAGGCGGAGGCUUUGCCCACUAACGAUGCUAAAGUGGUGUUGAGUUUUCUUAAGCGGCUAGUGAAUCGGUUUGGGACCCCUAGAGUGGUCAUUAGUGAUGGCGGUUCGCAUUUUUGCAAUCGGCAAUUUCAAGCUCUUAUGAGGAAGUACAAUGUGCAUCACCGGGUCGCCACACCGUAUCAUCCCCAAACUAGUGGCCAAGUAGAAGUCUCCAACCGCGAGUUGAAAAGAAUUUUGGAGAAAACGGUAAAUGGAUCCCGGAAAGAUUGGUCCUUGAAGUUGGAUGACGCAUUGUGGGCAUAUCGGACGGCCUACAAGACUCCACUCGGCAUGUCAUCGUUCCGUAUUGUUUAUGGGAAGGCGUGUCAUCUUCCUCUAGAGCUUGAGCAUAGAGCGUAUUGGGCUAUUAAGAAGUUGAACUUUGAAUUCAAGAAGGCGGGGGAAAAGAGAUUGCUUCAAUUGAAUGAGUUAGAUGAAUUCCGAUUCAUGGCAUAUGAAAAUGCCAAGCUUUACAAAGAGAAAACGAAGCAAUGGCAUGACGCCCAUAUUGUUCCCAAGGUGCUAGAGGUUGGUUCAUUUGUCCUUCUCUAUAACUCUUGUUUGAGGUUGUUUCCGGGAAUGCUUAAGUCCCGUUGGAGUGGCCCGUUUAAAAUACGAAACGUGGCAAAUCACGGUGCGGUAGAAUUGGAGAAUUCUAAGGGUGAGACCUUCAAGGUCAAUGGACAAAGAUGCAAGCCAUAUCUUGGGCCAUUGACCAAUCGGGUGGAAGAUGAAGUUUCUUUCAGCACUCCUACUUGA